AAACUACAGUAGUGCUUGAGGGAUUUUAACUUGCUGACAUUUCUGAUCAUCGAUUUCAAAAUAUAUUUAAUGGAAUACACUGGAAUUCGUUUUCAAUUUCAUUAAACGUUGCAAUGGAAAAACGGGUGGAACGAGUGAAGCACACAGGCGGAUGCCAUUGUGGGGCUGUCAGAUUCGAAGUCUGGAAUUCCCCAGACCUUCUGGUUUUCGACUGCGACUGUAGCAUCUGCACCAAGAAGCAAAACCAUCAUUUCAUUGUGCCAGAAAAUCAGUUUAACCUUUUACAGGGUUUGGGGAUUAUUAACACAUAUACAUUUAAUACACACAUUGGGAAGCACACAUUUUGUAGUACCUGUGGAGUCCAGAGUUUCUUCACCCCACGUUCCAAUCCAGAUGGAUAUGGCAUAGCUCCUCACUGUUUGGACCCAGGUACUGUACGCAGUGUGACAGUAGAGAAGUUCUGUGGACAGAAGUAUGAGGAGACCAUGAAAAACCACCCGAAUAUCAGAGACUUGUCCAAGCCUGUAGCAGAAACACAUACAGUUGAAGUCGGAAGUUUACAUACACCUUAGCCAAAUACAUUUUAACUCAGUUUUUCACAAUUCCUGACAUUUAAUCCUAGUAAAAAUUCCCU